AUGGAAGAAGAGGCCGACAAUCGCUUGCCCUUCUUCGACGUACAAAUUACAAAACGGGCAGACGGGAAUAUAAAGACGACGGUCUACCGUAAGGCGACUAACACUAGGCGCAUCCUUCACUUCAGAAGCAACCACCCCGUCGGUCACAAACGCAGUUGUGUCAGGACCCUUUUCCAACGCGCCCAAACACACUGCAGCGACGACGAUGACAGGAAGAAGGAGGUGAAGUAUUUACGUGCUCUAUUUGAAGCCAACGGUUACCCGAAGUCGUUCAUACGCAAGUGUCUCAGGAAGUCCCACUCGGGGCGGUCGAACGAGGAGAAACCAAAGUUCUGGCUCUCGAUCCCCUAUGUGAAGAACGUUUCAGAGGCAACUACAAGAAUUCUGAAACCUUUCGGAAUUGGUGUGGCCCAUAAACCAGCAUCAACAAUCAGACAGCAAAUUAUGAGGCCCAAAGACCCGCUCCCGGUGACAGAACAAUCAGCGGUGGUCUACAGCAUACCAUGCCAAGAUUGUGAUGCCAGGUAUGUUGGUGAAACGGGAAAACGCCUCGGCACAAGAUUGCACGAGCACCAGCUGGCAAUCAACCGCAAGGAUAAGCUGUCGUUGGUGUAUGGCCACACACUAGAGCGGAAUCACUGUUUUGCCUUCGAGAAAGCAAGUGUGAUCGCCCGAGCCAAUGAUAAAAUGGCCAGACUAAUGCUGGAAAGUUGGUCCUCGACUGGCACACUUAACCGGGCCAUAGACCUACAUCCAGCCUACCAGGCGCUCCGCGCAAGACUCGAGUCAGUCCAGGCAGGGCCGAUGGCACGGAUGAGCAGAGCCACACGGGGUCGACCGCCGACGCUCGCGGAGAGAGAAGGCGCUUACCGAAUGUCACGUGACCGGCGUGGCACACCGUCUCACGGACGUACUCGCGAGGCCGGAAACACCACGCCUGAGAAACAAAGACCGAUCAGCCCGCCGUCUGUCGAGGGGGAGGCGAACGAGCACGCCGACGCCGCGGCAACCACGUCAGGCGUGAGGGGGACACAAGCCACGCCAGUCCACUAA